CGCGUGGAGAGAAAGGGAGCGAAGCGCCGUGUCCAGCGGCCUCGCGUUUAUAAUGGCUGCCAGGAGAAGAGAGGAGUACGAGCAGUUACAUUGGAAAUAAAACUUGUCACACAGAUGCUAAGGAAAGCCCUUUAUACUUAGGAGCAGCAACAUAUAGGUGUUUCUUAGAGGUGAGAAAGAGGAUGGUGAGCAGUCAAGCCAAAUACGAACUGAUCCAAGAGGUGGGCCGGGGCAGUUACGGUGUGGUUUACGAGGCAGUCGUACACCAGACAGGCGCUCGUGUGGCUGUGAAGAAGAUCCGCUGCCAUUCCCCGGAGAACGUGGAGCUGGCCCUGAGGGAAUUCUGGGCACUGAGCAGCAUUCAGAGCCAGCAUCCCAACGUCAUUCACCUGGAGGAAUGCGUCCUUCAGAGAGACAGUCUUGCUCAGAGGAUGAGCCACGGCUCCAGCUCUUCGCUCUACCUGGAGCUGGUGGAGACCUCCCUGAAAGGUGAGAUUACGUUUGACCCCCGCUGCGCCUACUACAUGUGGUUUGUCAUGGACUUCUGCGACGGUGGAGACAUGAAUGCCUACCUGCUUUCCCGCAAACCCAGCCGCAAGACGAACACCAGCUUCAUGCUGCAGCUGGGCAGCGCUCUGGCCUUCUUGCAUCGCAACCAGAUCAUCCACCGAGACCUCAAACCCGACAACAUUCUCAUCUCGCAGGGCCGCACCCCGGCCGGCAGCCUCGACCCCAUCCUGAAGGUGGCCGACUUCGGCCUCAGCAAGGUCUGCUCCUGUUCAGGCCUGAACCCAGAGGAACCGGCCAGCGUCAACAAGUGUUUCCUGUCCACGGCUUGCGGGACGGACUUCUACAUGGCACCGGAAGUAUGGGAGGGCCACUACACGGCUAAGGCAGACAUUUUCGCUCUGGGGGUGAUCAUAUGGGCUAUGGUGGAGCGGAUAACAUUUGUUGACGUGGAGACGCAGAAGGAGCUGUUGGGAAGCUACGUGCAGCAGGGCGAGGAUAUCGUGCCGUUGGGGGAGGCUCUGCUGGAAAACCCCAAAAUGGAGCUCCACAUCCCGGCACGAAAGAAAAGCAUGAACGCUGGCAUGAAGCAGUUGAUUCGAGAGAUGCUGUCGGCCAAUCCGCAGGAGCGGCCUGAUGCAGUCGAGCUAGAGCUUAGACUCGUCCGUAUCGCGUGCAGGGAACUCGACUGGGACACGUGAGAGUAAAUCCUUGUGAACUUUAAUGUGAUUCCUGCCAUCUUGAAACGUAUUGUUUGUGGGGUUUUCAGGGGCCAGUUGUGCUGCUCCUUAAAAGGAUUCAUUGUACACAAAGUGUAAAAUGUAUUUUAUGGUCUCCUCUAUCUGUCCAUGAGUGCAUAGUCUCAUGACGGUAAAAGAUUCCACCUUGAUCCCAAACGGAGGUCCACAGAAUUCCCAGAACAUUCCAGCAUGCACAACAAACUGCUUUUUUUCCUGAAGUCAAACUAAUUUGAUUUCAAACUCUGGUACUCCUUUUGUCUUUUGAUUUUAUUGUCUUUGACGGCUUGUCCCGCCUCGCUCCUGGUGCUAAUUCAAUUUCUAAUGCAAAGCGGAAGCGAGCGCAGUAAAUAACGGCCUCUCUUACAGCCACCUUAAUAUUUUCCUGGUCAGUUUUAACAGCUUUUUUACAACACGAUCAAUAUCUGUUAUUCUGCACUUUGCUCACAAAAGGGCUUCAGGGAGUUGUAUUUACGUCAGUCUAUUUGAAAUCUGUGUGUUUUCAUCUUUUCUACAAAAUACUUGACAAGGCAAUAGUUUGUAGUCAAAAUCUCAAAAUUUGUGCGUUAAAUUUAAACUUUAACAUGUUUGAAUAAUUACGCUUGAAUAAUUAGUGAUCCGGACAUCUGUAUAAAAAGCAAGAGUAAUUGACAAGCAUCUUAUGAGGAAUGUCGGUCAGAGGUGUAAAGCAAGUCAUAAACGGAGUCACAGACAAAGCUUCCUUCUUUGCUUCCUGCUGAAAACUGACAAAUGUGCACGUGGACUCAAUGUGCAUGUAAUAAAAUGCAUAUCCGGGUGACUCUCUUUGACCAGUACAGUAUCAGUAUGUUUCUUUCU